UUCAAAUUUCAAAAUUACUUGUUGAAGAGCCAAGCUCAUCAUCUCUCUCUGCUGCCGGAAACUCCUCCGGCGAUUUCUCUUUUUCCGGCGAGAAUAUACUGUUAUUAUACAUUGUUUCUUUGAAGAUAAUCUUGUAAGAAUUGCUCUUAUUUGGUGAUUGAAAUAUCUUUGAUAUGUCAACUCCUCAAAAUGAUCCACUCCUGCAAACGGAAACAACAUGUGGGUUGUUGCUACAUGAACUGCAGAUUAUAUGGGAUGAAGUUGGGGAGUGUGAUACUGAAAGGGACAGAAUGCUAUUUGAGAUUGAAAGAGAAUGUCUAGAAGUGUAUAGACGUAAAGUGGACCAAGCAAACAAAAGCAGAGCUCAACUAAGGCAGGCAAUUGCUGAUUCUGAAGCAGAGCUUGCAGCUAUCUGUUCUGCAAUGGGGGAGCGACCAGUGCAUAUCAAACAGUCUGACAAGAGCCAAGGAGGUUUGAAGGCGGAACUUAGGGCCGUUCUUCCAGAGCUUGAGGAGAUGCGGAAGAGGAAAUCCGAUAGAAAGAAUCAAUUCAUUGAAGUUAUGAAGCAGAUAACGAAGAUUAAGAAUGAAAUCUAUAGGUUUACUUCUGCAAGCUUGGUAGUGGAUGAAAGUGAUUUAUCAUUACGAAAGCUUGAAGAAUUGCAUACGGAACUGCACACACUUCAAAAAGAAAAGAGUGAACGUUUGAAACAGGUUCUGAAUCACUUAGGUACCUUAAAUUCACUUUGCUCGGUUCUUGGCAUGGAUUUCAAACAUACUAUCAAUGAGGUUGAUCCAAGUCUUGGGGAAUCAGAAGAAGCUAAGAACAUUUGUGAUGAUACCAUCCAAAAUUUAGCAGCUACAAUACAAAGACUACAAGAAGUUAAGUUACAAAGGAUGCAGCGGCUGCAAGAUCUUACUACGUCCAUGUUGGAACUAUGGAAUUUGAUGGAUACACCUAUUGAAGAGCAACAGAUGUUUCAGAAUGUCACAUGUAAAAUAGCUGCCAAAGAACAUGAGAUAACAGAGCCUAACAUGUUGUCUAUGGAAUUCAUUACUUAUGUUGAGGAAGAAGUGGAUCGUUUGGAGGAAUUGAAAGCAAGCAAAAUGAAGGAGCUUGUUCUCAAGAAGAAGUCAGAACUAGAGGAGAUCUACAGAAAAACACAUAUGGUUGGGGAUUCAGACGGUGCAAUGAAUAUAGCUAUUGAAGCUAUUGAAUCUGGAGCUGUCAAUGAUGCUGAUGCUGUCCUUGAACAAAUUGAACUCCAAAUAGCUCAAGUUAAAGAGGAAGCUUUUAGCAGGAAAGACAUUCUAGACAGAGUCGAGAAAUGGAUCGCUGCAUGUGAGGAGGAGUGUUGGCUUGAGGAGUAUAACAGGGACGAAAAUCGCUACAAUGCUGGACGAGGCACCCACCUAACUCUAAAGCGUGCUGAGAAAGCUCGUGCUUUGAUUAAUAAACUUCCAGCAAUGGUGGAGGCAUUGGCCUCAAAAACAAAAGCUUGGGAAAACGAGAGAGGAACUCAAUUCUCUUAUGAUGGUAUUCCUCUCCUCUCUAUGCUUGAAGAGUAUACCAUUUUGCGUGAAGAAAAGGAGCUAGAGCGUAAGAAGCAAAGGGACCAGAAGAAACUUCAGGGACAGUUAAUGGCAGAACAAGAGUCUCUUUAUGGCUCAAAACCCAGCCCUAUGAAGAACCAAAGUGCCAAAAAAGGUCCAAAAUUGUCAUGUGGUGGUGCUCCGAGCAAUAGAAGGCUUUCGCUUGGAGGAACAAUGCAGCAAACUUGUAAAACUGAACUCCCUCAUUCCACUAAAGCUACCCCAAACACACGUCAAGCAAAGAAGUCUGAGCGCUUUCAUCAACUUGACCAAUUUAAUCAUCCUACCGAUGAUGGAUUUGGAGCUUUAUCAGCAGGGAGGAGAGGAGGUUUGGGUAUAGAUGAACUUCCUUCGAAAAAGCAGCCCAUCAGUGCAGUAAAUGGUUCAGAAGUCGAGACAGCAGUAAUGCGGAAGCCUUUCUCACCCAUUUCUUCCAAAGGUUCUUCUAAGUCCAAUGCAACAAAUAUAUUGGGAGAUAUGAACAGAAAACAUAGUGAAACGAUGAUAAAGACCCCGCUAAGUAACCAUACUACACCAGUCUCCACACCUGUAAAGUCAAUUUCUACUUAUGAAGAAGAGAAUAGAACUCCUGCUAAAGCAAUGCCAAUUCCUGUGCCUUCUACUCCAUCAACCGUAUCUGUUCCAAUGCAGACGACAACACCAGGUCCUGCUGUUGUUACACCUUACAAUUCGAAGCUCGUUGAAAACACCCAUGUGGAGGAGGAGAUAGAGUAUUCCUUUGAGGAGAGUCGGCUUGAGUUUUACCUUCAGAGAACACAUAUCUAGUAAGUUGUCAUACAAGUUAGAUACCAACUCAACUAUAGACUAAAUUGAUUGUUAAUUAAAUACUUUCCGUCUUUUGUAUAGACGUCUAUACAUUUUUGUUGCUAUGGU